AUGUCAACCUCCCAGAUCUACCCAGUCUACAAAGUCAAAUUGAAACUCGGCAUGCAAGACCCAGAUAUGCCGUCACCCCGAUACCACACCAUACUCUUCGUCCAGACAGACGCGCAAGGACCAGGUAGCGGCAUCAAGCACCACGUCACCGGCGACAUUGUCACAGGCAUGCAUUACGAACCAGCAAAAUACGACGACCCCGAGACCGACGAAAACUUCUUCUCAAAGGAACUCAUUGGACAUACCAGGACUCUCAACUAUCCCAAGAACUGGAAUGAUAUUCUCAAGUCUAUCCCUGCGCCAGGGAAGCAGAAAGCCUUUAACAUAGUGACGAUGAAGACAGAGCCUAUCAAGAGUUGGGAUCCUGUGACGUUUUACGAGCCCGGAGAGCCUCGUCGGCCGUUGAUCAAAUGUACAGAGUGGGUUGAGGAUCAAGCUACUCCGAUCUUGAUCAAUGCGGGUCUAAUUCAGUGGAGGCAUGAACGUAUAGCUAGUGCUUAA